GGAACUCGGGCAGAUGUUUGGUCCAUAGCACGAGGGCUCCAGUCCCCCAUGGGCUACCGUGCCGUAAAUUACCCUCAACCGACGAUUCUUUCGCGUAGGCAGCAGCAGCCAGUCUCGACGAUGUUAACGACAACAAUGGCCACCGGUGUCGACGCUUCUGUCUCUUGUGAGCCAGCCUUAAGAGCCACGUGACAGGCGCGAGAAACACGCAUUUUCACGCAGCACACGUGCCCGUAGACUCAUACAAAGGCUCGCAGAAUUCGCUAGAGGCUCCUUCGAGCCGUAUCGGGGCUCGCUUCUUCCACCACGUGGUCGAAGACGUGCUCUCGUGCCCGUCUCGUGGAAGAGGAGUCAAGCGAAGAUCUUUCCUCGUGAGAUCCUCUCCGAGUUUGACUCGUGCCCGGCCGUGAAUUAUCCGUGCGAUUCAAACGUUCGCGCAACUCCAAAUAUGCGUAUCGUACGAUCGGUCGUCGACAGUGCGUGCGAGUGAAACGGCACAGAGAGAUUUCGUCGACGAGUGUGCAACGCGAAGAGAACGAUCUCUUGUGGUGUGGCAUCGCUUUUGUGGCAGCUCUGCAAUUUCGACACGGCCAAAGAAGGAGGGAUAUGUCGUUGAAAGCGUGCCGUACGCGAGUGCAUUUCGAGAGGACGUUUGACGCUCGAGUGUGACCCGCGAGCAUUGGACGCGUCCAGCUGCACAGGAUCGAUGAAAUCAACGUUUAGACGAUGCAGUUCGUUGAGAUCGACCAGCACGCGCCGUCACACGAGCGCCACUCCCGCUGACUCAGGAUACCGAGCUGUCCAGUGAAGAGUCCACAACCGUUGAAGGAAUUCGUGGGUCGCUGCCAGACGAUGCCAUCGCGGGUGAAAAAGUCUUUCUGCGGUUGCCUUCAGGAUGACGAGCCACCGGAAAUCACGUAUUGCGUUGUGGAGCACACGGGUACGCUCACGCUUCAAGCGAUGACGCCCACCCUGCCGAUGCCUGCCGAGGAGGAACUGAACAAGAUGUUCCUCGAAUUGGUCGACGAGCUGGACCUGACCCAGGCCAACCGGCAGGCGGUUCUGGCACUUCCGGCGAACAAAAAGUGGCAGAUAUAUUGCUCCAGGAAAGGUAACGGCACGCUCGAGAAUGGCGGAUUACGAACUACAGACCUGAGCGGGGAUCCCGAGGAUUACAUCAAUAGGCUGAGAACAAUAGCCAAUAGCCCUUUCCCCGAAGAGGGUGAGGAAGUUUCGAACCAGAUGCGACAAACCGAAGCCUUAAAGACUGCUCUGAGGACCCAGCCGCACAGCUUCGUCCUCAGGUUCAUAGAACUCGACGGACUGAACGCCCUGUUGCAAGUUCUUGGAACUAUGGACGCGGAGGCAGCCAACAGCAACCUCCAUACAAGCGUGAUAGGAUGUUUAAAGGCGUUGAUGAACAAUUCGAAUGGAAGAGCACACGUAUUGGCUCACCCUACUGCCAUCAAUACGAUAUCUCAGUCGCUGGCGACUGAAAAUAUCAAGACAAAGAUAUCCGUUCUGGAAAUCCUGGGUGCCGUUUGCUUGGUUCCAGGUGGUCAUCGAAAAGUCUUGGAAGCGAUGCUACAUUUCCAGCAGUAUCAUUCCGAACGAACGCGUUUCCAGAGUAUCAUAAACGACCUGGACAAAAACUUCGGCAUCUACAAGGACAAUCUGUCCCUGAAAACGGCGAUAAUGUCAUUUAUCAACGCGGUGUUGAAUUACGGGCCUGGCCAGGUGACUUUGGAGUUUAGGUUGCAUCUGAGAUACGAGUUACUGAUGCUUGGCAUUCAGCCGAUCAUCGAAAAGCUGAGGAAGUACGAGAACGAAACGUUAGACAGGCAUUUAGACUUUUUCGAAAUGGUGAGGAACGAGGACGAGAAAGAAUUGGCGAGGAAGUUCGAGAAGGAGCACGUAGACACGAAGAGCGCUACGGCGAUGUUCGAUCUGUUGAGGAGGAAACUCAGUCACACCGCUGCGUACCCUCACUUGUUGAGUCUUUUGGAACACUGUCUUUUACUACCUCUCGAUUAUGGUUCCCAUCCCCAACACUGGCUGCUAUUCGAUCGGAUCGUGCAACAAAUCGUUCUCCAGUCGGAAGGAAAUGACACUGGUGUCACGAGGAAUCCCGACGUCAUGCCGAUUGAGAUCAACGUGAAGGAAAUUGUUCACUUGCUCGCAAAGGAGGAAGAACUCGUCGCAGCUAGGAAGAAGGCCGAAGAGUUGGAGCGAGAAAACUCCGAUAUGUCGAGCAGAUUGGCCAAGAAGGAACAAGAGUUAGAUCUGAGAACGCAGGAGAAAGAAGACAUAGAAGCUAGUUUGGCAAGGGUGAAAGAACGCCUCGAGAAAGAGACGUCGAUGCACAUAGAAACGAAGCAGAGGAUUUCGGAAUUGCAAGACAACCUCGAGACGCUAUCGCGACAGAUAAACAACGAAAAGUCGGAGAGAAAGAGGCUGGAACAAUUGGUGGCUUCUGGUAGUUUACCGGACGACGCGAAAGCGACGAUUAAAAUUGUCGAGGACGAGGUACUUGAGAAAGUUGAAUCGAAACCAAUGCCACCGCCGCCACCGCCUCCACCAUUGGCACCACCACCACCUCCUUGUUUGAUGCCCGCAGCUCCUCCUCCAAUGAAGGUGGAGAUAAUAAAAAAUGUUCCUCAACCAAGCAAUCCCUUGAAGUCCUUCAACUGGUCGAAGAUUCCGGAACAGAAAUUGCAAGGCACUAUAUGGUCAGAACUCGACGAUACGAAAUUAUACAACGUUAUGGAUCUGGAGUCGAUCGAUAAAAUUUUCUGCGCUUAUCAAAAGAACGGUGUGUCCGCGGAGGGUUCGAUCGAAGACCUCCGGACUUUGGGAAAGAACAAGAAGACCAUGUCGGUGAUUGAUUCCAGAAGAGCUCAGAACUGCACGAUUUUGUUAUCAAAAUUGAAAUUGUCCGACAACGAGAUCACUAGAACCAUCCUUUCAAUGGACCAACAGAAUAUUCUACAUAUAGACAUGGUUGAGCAACUACUGAAAUACAUCCCAUCGUCGGAAGAGGCUGCUCUCUUAGACAUACAUCAGAAAGAGCUUCAAAGCAGAGCUGAUUGUUUCUUAUACCAAAUAUCCAAGUACGUAGCACCAUAGUUUUCCUCUAGUGCUU